AGCCUCUUCCUCAGAAAAACUUCAUCCUGUCCUGCUAUCUGAUUCUUUUCGAGGGGACACAUAGUCCACAGCUGACUAAUAGCCAUGAGGAUCUUCUACAUGCUCUUUGCUGUUCUCUUCCUGCUCUUCCAGGUUGCUCCAGGUUAUGCCGAUGAGACUUUUGCUGACACUGCAGAGUGUAAGAGCCAGGGAAAUUUCUGCCGUCUUACAACCUGCCCACCCACAUUCUCUGUCUCGGGAUCAUGCCACGGCGGGUUGCUGAAAUGCUGUAAGAAGAUUGUAGCCAAAUAAGAAGAUAAGGCGCUCUGGAUCAAUGCCACUACACCAGCAACAUCUCUACUGCCUUGAGGAAGUGCAUUUGAUGGAUUCCUCCUCUAUCUAAACCCUUCUGCAAAUGAGCUUUGAAAGAAGCUUCCAGAGGGCACAUCCUGUUAACACACUGCUUAUGGAGAUCUACUUUUUCUUUCCUCGCUGAAGUCACUCCUUUUUUAUUUUUUUUUUUGCUUUUAAUUAAUACACAAGCCACUUUGACAGCUUGACCACCUAUCCCAGCCUACCUUACAGGGAUGUUUGGAUUAUCAAUCAGAUCAAGUUCAGGCUGUUCUUGGAGGAUGUAGAGCUAUCUAUAAAUGUAGAUGCGAUAUUAUUUUAUUCAUGCACAGAAAUAAAUGCCUUCUAAAAACAA